AGCUUCCCCACACGAAGGAGCUCAUGCAAACGCUCCGGGAGACGCGAACGGCGAAUGGUGAGGCGGUAACGGGAGCCGACCUGACUUGGAAGAGGAAGCAUCGACUCCACGAGUCGCCCUCACUCCUUUGGAUUAGCCUUUGUGGCUACACCCGCGGCGGCUACCGGCAACGAAUUUAGCUCAGCUUAGGCCCGACAGCCCGGGUUCCGCGGCCGCAUCACGUGAUACGGCGGGCGGGGGCGCGCUCGGGAGCGAGCGUGGGAGCCUGGGAACCUCGAGUGUCCUCCAAAGACCUUGAAGCCUGCCUAAUUCACCUGCAAAUUCAGUAAAUAUGAAGAAGAUAUGCUUCAGGGAGCAGCCCUUAACCAGUUCAGUCAGAAGCCAGUGGGAAUAUUUUGAAAACAGUGGCUCUGGGUCAGAUGUUGUCCUUGUGUAUAUGUGGGACAGCCAUCACUAGCCAGUAUUUGGCAGAAAAAUACCAAGUGAAUACCCCCAUGCUUCAGAGCUUUAUCAACUAUUGCUUGCUGUUCCUAAUUUAUACAGUGAUGCUGGCCUUUCAAUCAGGCAGUGAUAAUCUUCUAAAUAUCUUGAAAAGAAAGUGGUGGAAGUACAUCCUGCUGGGCCUGGCAGACGUAGAAGCUAACUACCUGAUUGUCAGAGCAUACCAGUACACGACUCUGACCAGUGUCCAGCUUUUGGAUUGCUUUGGGAUUCCUGUGUUGAUGGCUCUUUCGUGGUUUAUUCUUUAUGCAAGAUAUAGAGUGAUCCACUUCAUCGCUGUGUCUGUCUGUCUUUUGGGUGUUGGAACCAUGGUUGGCGCGGACAUAUUAGCAGGAAGGGAAGACAGUUCAGGGAGCCAAGUACUGAUCGGAGACAUCUUGGUCCUUCUUGGGGCAUCUCUCUAUGCCGUUUCUAAUGUUUGCGAAGAAUACAUCGUGAAGAAGCUGAGCAGACAGGAGUUUUUAGGAAUGGUGGGCUUAUUCGGAACCAUUAUCAGUGGCAUACAACUAUUGAUCGUGGAAUAUAAAGACAUUGCCAGCAUUCAUUGGGACUGGAAAAUAGCUCUGCUGUUUGUGGCAUUUGCCCUCUGUAUGUUUUGCCUGUACAGCUUUAUGCCAUUGGUGAUUAAAGUCACCAGUGCCACUUCUGUCAACCUAGGCAUCCUGACGGCUGACCUCUACAGUCUUUUCUUUGGACUCUUUCUAUUUGGCUAUAAGUUCUCGGGACUCUACAUCCUGUCCUUCACCAUCAUCAUGGUGGGGUUUAUCCUGUACUGCUCCACCCCGACUCGCACGGCGGAGCCGGCUGAGAGCAGCGUGCCCCAGGUGACCAGCAUCGGGAUUGACAACCUGGGACUGAAGCUCGAGGAGAACCUCCAGGAGACCCCCACUGCUAUCUUGUAGCUGGGAAAGAUGGUGCACAUGCACCUCGCAAGAUAAAGCAGAGCCCGCUGACUGUGGAGAAACACCUGGGGAGUUACCAGCCUGGAGCGAACACACUGCAGCCCUGGACUGGAUCGGUGCUUGGAUUAGAAAGGAACUCUAAACGAUGUAUCUGAAGUAGAAAUAGCAAGACAGAGCAGAGCCCAAGGCUAGGACUGUGUUUCGUUGUUUGAGGGCCAAUACACGUUAGUGUCAGGGAGCGAGGUGCAGGACCCACACUGGAGUUUCAGAGGCACCAGUGGGACAGCAGGAUGGGGGAGAUGCUGGGGCAAAGGUGGCUCAGGCCAAGACCUGGAAGCAGGCUAUGCAGCCUGGGCUGUGUGGUCUGGUGGGGGCAGUACAGGAUGGUUCUGGAGUGGGUUGUCUGUGGGUGAAGGCUUUGAGUUUUUGGGCUUUAGGUGCCAUAAAGCCUUGCAUCUUACGGGAAUACAGGCGGGGCAGCGCUUGAGAAGUCCUGAUAUACAGGUGUGAGUUCGAUGGAAGCACUAAACUGGAGUGCAGUGAACCUGGGGACCCGCUUCCCAUUGCCUUUUUUUUUUUUUUUUAAAUAAACAU